CUAAGGGGGUAUGUUCUGUGGCGUCGAUCAAGAUUGGCUUUUGUGUUUGAUUUGUUGUGCUUAAAGCGGGUAUAGUUUUCAUCAGCUUAUUGAUUGUAAUUAGUGAUAUUCGCGGUUUAUAGGAAGCAACUUAUUUAUUUGGAACUUACUGAGCAAUUGCCCCUUCAACUCAUUCGCCUUCCACAGUUCCAAACAAAUCAACUAAUUAAACAAAGCAUUUCCAGGGAUUAAAUAUAUCUCGAAAUGAGUAAGAGGAGUAGCCCAGUUCCUGCUGCCGCAGAUCCACCAGCACCUGAAGAAUAUGUCGUAGAGAAAAUCAUAGAUAGUCGAGUUAAUGAACAGGGUGUUAAAGAGUACUUCCUCAAGUGGAUAGGAUACGAUGACAAAGAUAAUACGUGGGAGCCUGAAGAGAAUUUAGGUAUGAACGAUUGUCCUGGAUUGAUUGCAGCUUUCGAAGCAGAGAGAGCGAAAAAGAAGGAAUCCGACGUAAAAAAACGAAAAUUAAGUUCAAGUAGCCAAGAAAAAGAAAAUAAAAACUCAAAACCUAGAAAAGACGACAAAAAAUGUCUUGGCUUUGAUCGAGGCCUUGAACCCGAUACAAUUAUUGGGGCAACUGAUAGUCCAGGGCAAUUGAUGUUCUUAAUGAAAUGGCAUGGUACUGAUGAAGCAGAUUUGGUACCAGCAAAACAGGCGAAUAUUAGAUGCCCCCAGAUCGUCAUCAAGUUCUACGAAGGGCGCUUAAGAUGGCACCCACCUGCUCAAGUUGCAGGAGGCGAUAAUAAGGAGAAUUAAGUGGCAUUUAAUGGUAGCAAUUAUGUUUUAAGUUAGUUUAUAAUGAAGAACAUUUAUAAUCGUAUUCUUUUCUGAAGAAAAGUGUGCAAUCAAAUUCAGUCUAUUCGUUUUUUGUGAAAAUUUCGAUUGGCAUUGAAAAUUUCACCGCUUGAAAACGCAUUGGAAGGUUUUCACCUUCCAAUGCAAAACCAAUGUUCUAUUUUGAUUAGUCACUUAUCCACCAUUUUACUGUCAGUAGAUUGAUGUGAAAAUGCAGUUUUUGAAAAUUAUUUGCUGGGUGUGAGGUGCGACUACGACCGCAUGCCAAUAUGUGGAAUUGUGUUAUUCUUUUUGCAUGCUUAUAAAAUCGGAAUUAACUGUAUUAACCAAUUUAAUUUUGAUAUAUUUUUGCUCCAUUCGAGCAACAAAUUCGAAUGUUUCGACCCCAUAUAACUGCAUAGUACCAAUCAUAGUUCAUGAUUUUAUAGCGCUUCUCAGAAGAUGUCCUGGCAUUUAAAAUUACCCUGUAUUUUCAUGACUAAUAAAACUCCUUUUGGUUCAUUGAA